CAAGUAAUUUACCUUUGUAUCCGCCACGCAAUUUUCGAUUUUGCUUCCGUGACAGAGCCAAGGGGCAGCUACUACAUAUAUUUGAUUUUGUAUUCUUGGGUGUUUAAUAGUUCGAAGUGUUCAGUUAUUCAACAACACUUCGUUGCUCGCUUCGUUCCUUUUCUUUUUCUUUCUUCCCCAUCAUUUCUAAGUGCCCAAUUACAGUACCAUGAUUCAUCUGCAAACCUUUCCACUUCGUGGAUCAAUGAUCCUUACCCUAUUGCCACUGGUGAUAACGUUAACCCAUACAACAGUCAUAGGUCCCCUGAAUUAGUAUGGUCUGCAAACAGGGAUCAUCCUGUGGGAGUCAAUGCUACUCUGCAACUAAAGCAAGAUGGAGAUCUGGUCUUGGCGAAUUCUGAUGGCAUUUUGGUCUGGUCCACCAAUACAAGAGGGAAAUCUGUUUCAGGAUUGAACUUAACUGAACAGGGGAACUUGGUGCUGUUUGGCACCAACAAUGAGAUCAUUUGGCAAUCUUUCGAUUAUCCUACGGAUACAUUACUUCUGGGGCAGAGGUUGGUUGCAGGGCAGAAGUUAACAGCGAAUGUGUCAAGAUCAAGAUUUGAUUCAGGUUUGUUGUCCCUUUCUGUCAACAAAAAUCGCUUGAUUGCAUAUGUAGAAUCCAACCCACCUCAAAUAUAUCAUGCCUCUGAAUUGGAUGAUCUUCCUUAUGUUGAAUUCACGAAUGGAAGUUUCAAUGGCUGGUCCAUUCCUCCUGGAUCGGAAUAUCAGUUCAUGAAGUUCGGGUUUGAUGGUCGUUUGAAGGUGUUCCAGUUUACUGGGAGAUUUUGGACAGAAGUUGCUAAUCUUUUUGAAACUAAACUCGGUGAUUGUGCGCAACCUUUAGUGUGUGGGAAUUAUGGUGUCUGCUCGAGGGGAGAUUGCCAGUGUCCUGAUCAAGGAAACUUCUUCAAACAAACAGAUACCUUGAGACCUUAUCUUGGAUGUUCAUAUAUCACUCCCAUUUCCUGCAAACAUUCCGAAGCUCACAUUCUGCUGGAGCUAAAGAAUACAACUUACUUUGCAUUCGAAGCCAGCUCCUUAGACAUGCAUGAAGGGAAGUCAGUUGAGGAUUGCAAAAGUAUGUGUCUCAGUAACUGUUCGUGCAAAGCGGCUCUCUUCGUGUUAGAUUUAGGGGGAAAAACCUUAGGGAAAAAUGGCAGGUGCUCGUUAUUGAGUCAAGUCUUUUCUAUCAUCAACAAGGAGAGGGUUACAGGAUCCGUCUCACCUUAUGACACAACUCUUUAUCUUAAGGUGCAAAAACCUCGAGUCUUGACAACAGAGAAGAAAAAGAUGACAACCAUAGUUGCUUCAGCUGUUGCGACUUCCUUAGGCUUGAUUUCUGCUAUUGCUUUUGUCCUUGUGCUCUUCAGUAAGAGAUUAAAGAACUCUAAUAAACUUAAAGGGGGCUUUCUUGAUCAGGUACGAGGAAUGCCUACAAUAUUCUCUUACGAGGCGCUGAAAGCUAUGACAGGAGAUUUCUCCAAAAAACUAGGGGAAGGAGGAUUUGGCAGUGUUUAUGAAGGGGCACUGAACGAUGGCACUAAGAUGGCAGCAAAAUGUCUUGAUGGUGUAAGCCAAGUGAAUGAGUCUUUUCUGGUUGAGGUAGAGACAAUUGGUAGCAUCCAUCAUGUGAAUUUGGUGAAACUAAUUGGAUUUUGUUUCCAAAAAUCACAUAGAAUUCUGAUCUAUGAGCAUAUGGCCAACGGAUCAUUGGAUAGAUGGAUUUUCAACAAAGAUCAUGGCAAUUCUCUUCCAUGGCACAUAAGAAGAAAAAUCAUUAUGGACAUCGCCAAAGGAUUAGCUUAUCUCCAUGAAGAAUGCAGUCACAAAAUCAUUCACUUUGACAUCAAGCCCCAAAACAUCUUGUUAGAUGAAAAUUUCAAUGCAAAAGUUUCUGAUUUUGGAUUGGCAAAGCUUAUUGAGAAGGAUCAAAGUGGAGUGCUUACAAGGAUGAGAGGGACACCAGGAUAUCUAGCUCCCGAGUGUGCUGCCAUCACUGAAAAGGUGGAUGUUUACAGCUUUGGCAUAGUAAUGUUGGAAAUCAUUUGUGGGAGGAAGAACCUGGACUGGUCUAGGAUUGACGGAGAGAAACACUUGCUUGCUGUCUUUAAGGGGAAAGCUGAAGAAGGAAAACUCAAGGAUUUGGUCGACAAGAGAAGUGAAGUCAUGCAAGAGAACAUUGAAGAAGCUGUGGAGAUGAUGAAGAUUGCAGCAUGGUGUCUGCAGGGUGAUUUCACCAAAAGGCCGUCGAUGUCUUUAGUGGUUAAGGUGCUAGAGGGAUUAGUUGCAGCUGAAACCAACAUUGAGUAUGAUUUCUUGCAUCCAGCAGUUGUUACAAGAAUAUUGGAAGCUAUUCAACUUAAUACUCAUAUACUUGGUUGUUCAUUUUUAUUACUAUCAUUCCUGCUUCCUUCUGUCUCUAUUGAGGAAAUUUACAUCUUUGGAGCAGGACAGGCACCGCUAACAACGAUAAAUUUAAUGACUCUUACGAAAGUGAUUGUGCAUGGGGCAAUAUUCAAUGACAAUGGAGGUUCUAUCUCUGGCGGUUAUACAUUCAACGUCGUCCUAAGGAGGAGAAGGAUUUUCUGCGGCUUCUACUUCGUCAUUUGGCACAUAGAAUCUUUCCGAUCGCCACAAGUCGUAUGGUCUGCUAACAGGAACAAUCCCGCUCAAGUGAAUGCAACAUAUCAGCUCACCCAAGAUGGAGAUCUCAUCUUGUCAAAUUCCGAUGGUACACCGAUAUGGUCUAUCCAAACAAAAGGGAAGUCCGUUGCCGGAAUGAACUUAACAGAAAGUGGAAAUUUAGUGCUAUUUGGCCAAAACAAUGAGACCAUUUGGCAGUCUUUUGAUUAUCCCACUGAUUCCUUACUUCCAGGGCAGAGUUUGAUAUCAGGUCAGAGGCUGACAGCCUGCGUUUCAACGUCAAAUUGGAGUGAAGUUUUGUUCUAUCUUUCCUUUGAUAGUGAGGGACAGGAGCUAGUCGCGGGCCGUACUAAUUUGGACUCGUCAAGCAAUCCUGAAGAGGAUACCUUUUAUGAACACUCUAAGAGCAUAUUACCGACAAUUGUAAGUAAGAGAGGGGGAUCUACCCCCUUUGAAAAGAAAGGAAAUGAACAUGACUUUGUGAAAAGUAAACAAAGCCAGAUAUUUAUAAAAGGUGUGGCAUCAUGCUUCAUGACUAAGGGGUAUCCACAGCUCAUUCUUGACGUGCACCGUAUAUUGAUCUUUUAUCACCUCAAGGGAGGCACUGAGGCUAAUCUGUGUGAUCACGACUGUAUCUGUUCACUUCGGACAAAACGAGUGGGUGUUACAGCGUGUGCUGCCGGAAAUAACCGAGUAGCCUUGUACUCAAGUCUCGAGGAAGCCGCGUCCCCCGUCGAGGAGAUUUUAAGAGAAUUUUGUCCAAGAAAUUUAGAAUCCAUGGCGAGCGGCUGCGACCGCUUGGAUUUCUGCCGAGAAAGUCGAGUAAUCGAAGCGUUGUGCUCGCGGUUGAACAACAAAGUAUCUUCCUCUCGAACCCUUCCGAGCAAUGGUAUCAGGAUCUUCAUACUUCUUAAGGCUUCACGUUUCAUAAAAAAAGCAAGCACCUUCGUCGGGAAGGAGAGAAACCCUAGCGGGUCGAAAAUCGGGGACCUACAAAACCUCAUCACCAUCAACUCAAUUCAUGAAGCUGGGUCCAGAUGGGCACUUAAAGUUAAACAGAAAAUAUUACAGGAGGAUUGUAAAAAUCUUUGUUUAACAAACUGCUCCUGCAAAGCAGCUGCUUUUGCUAAAUCCUAUGGCCAUCCGAAAAAUGGGGGUGGCAUAUUAUGCAACUCCCAAACACCGCAAGGCGUAAAGAAGCAAAAUAAGCAACAGAGUAACAUCGAGGAGGAUCUUUUUGACCAAGUACCAGGAAUGCCUACAAGAUACUCUUAUGAGGACUUGAAAACAAUUACUGAAGAUUUUGGUGAGAAACUUGGGGAAGGAGGCUCUGGAUCUGUUUAUAAAGGGACACUAAGAGAUGGAACAAAAGUAGCAGUCAAGUGUCUUGAUGGCUUAGCAAAAGUGAAGGAUUCAUUUCUUGUGGAAGUUAAGGCAAUUGGCAGCAUUCAACAUGUUAAUUUGGUGAAAUUGAUUGGAUUUUGUUUUGAGAAAUCACACAGGCUUCUUGUGUAUGAAUACAUGAACAACAGAUCUCUGGAGGGAUGGAUCUUUAGUGGAAAGGGAAAAAACCACUGUCUUCCUUGGAAAUGGCACAUCCGGAAAAACAUCAUCACAGAUAUAGCCAAGGGAUUAGCUUACCUUCAUGAAGAAUGCAGUCCAAAAAUAAUUCAUUUGGACAUCAAGCCAGAGAACAUCCUCUUGGAUGAGAACUUCAAUGCAAAAAUAUCUGAUUUUGGGCUCUCCAAGCUGAUUGAAAAGGAUCAAAGCAGAGUCAUCACGACAAUGAGAGGAACGCCCGGAUACUUGGCUCCAGAAUGGUUGAGUGCAGCCAUCACUGAAAAGGCCGAUGUUUACAGCUUUGGCAUAGUAAUGUUGGAAAUCAUUUGUGGGAGGAAGAAUCUGGAUAGUUCUAGGAUUGAGGGAGAAAAACACUUGCUUGCUGCCUUUAAGAGAAAAGCUGAAGAAGGAAAACUAAAGGAAUUGGUGGAUGAGAGAAGUGAAGAUAUGCGCGAGAACGCUGAAGAAGCUGUGGAGAUGAUGAAGAUCGCGGCAUGGUGUCUGCAGGGUGAUUUCACCAAAAGGCCGUCGAUGUCUUUAGUGGUUAAGAUGCUGCAACUUGUAACAGAGAUUCAGAUCAAGAAGCCAUUUAUUUUCCAUGAUUUCCAAGCAAAAACUGUGUCAUCCCAAAAAUUUUACAAUUCUACUGCUAAGCUUUACAAUUCCACUGCUAAACUUUCCACUUCAUGGAUUAAUCAGCCUUCGAUGAUUGCCAAUGAAACAAGCUUUGUAAGUCAUACAUUUAGCCCAAUCACGAAGAGAGUCAUUGGUCAAUCAGCAUUUGUCUGCGGCUUUUACUGCAAUAAUGAUGGUAAUUUAAGUGAUAUUCGUGCAUCCUCUAAAGACUGCAUAUUUGGAGUCAUCAUCAUAUGGUCAGCUAACAGGAACUAUCCUGUUCAGGUGAAUGCUACAUUGCAGCUCAGCCAAGAUGGAGACUUGAUCCUGAAAAAUUCUGAUGGCACUCUGGUAUGGUCCAGCCAAACAGCGGGGAAGUCCGUCGCCGGCAUGAACUUGACAGAAAAUGGAAAUCUUGUUCUCUUUGGUCGAAACAAUGAGCCCAUUUGGCAAUCUUUUGAUUAUCCCACUGAUUCCUUACUUCUAGGACAAAAGUUGCUUAGAGGGCAGAGGCUAACAGCCAGUGUUUCGGCAUCAAAUGCAAGCGAAGGUUUGUUGUAUCUUUCUGUUGAUUCCACAGAAUUGGCUGCUUAUAUAAACUCCAAUCCGCCUCAGAAAUAUUAUUCCUCUGGCUUUGAUCAGAAUCCCUCAUAUGUUGAAUUCACAAACGGAAGCUUCCAUUAUUACACCAUUUCAUCAACAGCUCAAUUUGUAAAGUUUGGAUCAGAUGGACACUUAAAGGCAUUUCGAUGGGGUAAUGGUCCAAAUGGUUUGGAAGAAGUUUCUGAUCUCCUGGAAACAGGAUCUGGAAACUGCGGUUAUCCCAUGGUGUGCGGAAAGUAUGGUGUCUGUUCGGAUGGUGGUCAAUGUGGUUGUCUGGAUACGACAAGUAGUCAGGGAAACUUUUUCAGGCAAGUGAAUUUCCUUCAACCAAAUCUUGGGUGUUCAUUAGUCACACCAAUUUCUUGUGAUCACUCUAAUUCUCAUGGUCUUAUUGAACUGAACAACACAUAUUACUUUGCAUUCCAGUCGUACAAAGAAAAUACGUUGGUGCAGGACUGCAAAAAUUUUUGUCUAAGAAACUGCUCUUGCAAAGCAGCUCUUUUUGUUAAAAGUCAGUAUGGGAAUAGACAUUCACGAAAAGGCAGUUGUUUAUUAGUUGAUGAAGUCUUUUCAAUUGCUAACAAUGAAAAUGGAAUUAUAUCCUCCUAUAACACAACUCUGUAUGUCAAGGUGCAACUUCCUUAUGCAAAGGCCUCAAGGCGGAAAGUAACCGUACUGGCAUCUGUCAUUUCAGCUAUUGUAGGAUUAUUUUGUGUCAUUUGCUCCUGGUUUGUUCUAAUCAGGAAGCAAAAUAAGCAACAAAUAGAAGAAGAUUUUCUAAUCCAUGUACCUGGAAUGCCUACAAGAUACACGUACGAGAACUUGAAAGCCGCUACUGAAGAUUUUAGUAAGAAGCUAGGAGAAGGAGGCUUUGGAUGUGUUUAUGAAGGGGCACUCAAUGAUGGAACCAAAAUAGCAGCCAAGUGUCUUGAUGGUUUAGCGAAAGUGAAGGAUUCUUUUCUUGUGGAAGUAAAGGCAAUCGGCAGCAUUCACCAUGUUAAUUUGGUGAAACUAAUUGGUUAUUGUUUUGAGAAAUCACACAGGCUACUUGUUUAUGAGUAUAUGGCAAAUAGAUCCCUUGAUGGAUGGAUUUUUUGCGGAAAGGAAGAAAGCAAUUGCCUUCCUUGGCAAGCCAGGAGAAACAUCAUCUUAGACAUUGCCAAGGGAUUAGCCUACCUUCAUGAAGAAUGCAGUCAGACAAUAAUUCACUUGGAUAUUAAACCACAAAACAUCCUCCUCGAUCAAAACUUCAAUGCCAAAAUUUCAGACUUUGGGCUCUCCAAGCUGAUUGAAAAGGAUCAAAGCAGAGUCAUUACGACGAUGAGAGGAACGCCUGGAUACUUGGCUCCUGAAUGGUUGAGUUCAGCCAUCACUGAAAAGGUAGAUGUUUACAGCUUUGGCAUAGUGUUGCUAGAGAUCAUUUGUGGGAGGAAGAAUGUGGAUUGGUCUAGGAUUGAGGAAGACAGACACUUGCUAGCAGUCUUUAAAGGAAAAGCCGAAGAGGGAAAACUCAAAGAAUUGGUGGAUGAGAGAAGCGAAGACAUGCAUCACAACAUUGAAGAAGUUUUGGAGAUGAUGAAGAUAGCAGCAUGGUGUCUGCAGGGUGAUUUCACCAAAAGGCCUUCAAUGUCCUUAGUAGUGAAGGUGCUAGAGGGUUUGUUCGGGCGAGAUGGUUACUUGAAGAACAUGUGGCCACCCCUUAGUAUAUUGGAUUGCGCCUGCAAAGCUGCUGUUUCCAAUGAAGAAUACAAGGGUAAACCUGUGGGUUCUCUAUCAAACAGGAUGGUCGUAAUUGACAGACCUCAAUCUAGUACAGUGUCAACAGACCGACAGUCAAGCCCUGAUGACAAUGAAAUCCUAGCAAAAUUUCGAGAUAAGCAGAAGCGAAAGAAGAAUGGCCAGCGGCCGAGGAAAGAAAGGACUCCCACGAGGCCGCCUAGUCUCGGGGAUAAAAGGGAGGAAGAUCUGAAAGAUCAUCGCAAGGGCCCCAAUCCACAUGAUGAGGAAAGAUUGGUCGAAAUUGAAGCGGAACUCAAAAGAUUGAGAGAUGAUAACGACCUCAAUCAAAGGAAGAAAAAGUAUAUAUUGGAGGCAUACAAACAUUGUUGUUUGCUAGGUCUACCCGAUCCUUCGGAUCAGGAACUACAUGACAUAAUUGACGAGAAAGAAGCGCGCAGAAUGCUGACUUUGCUCGAAAAGAAAAAAGGUUGUAGAGAAUCCCCUCAACCAUGA